CAUCAAACGAAGUACAAGUCAUUCGCAAAGGAAUUAAUGUUCUGAAAAGCGCGCGCACCAUGAAGAACCGAAUUUUCUCCCUCACCACUCUCUCCCAACGGCAUUCCCCGUUUACUCCCAUCCAUCGCAACCUUUCAACGACAACGACUGUCACGCCGCCUCCCAAUCCGCCUUCCAAUGCGCACCCAAAGAAAACUCUCCUCCAGGACCUCUCCCCCACCGCCCUCAACUACUACUGGGAUACACCAGAGCCGACUGAAGAACAACUAGCCUAUGCAAAUAAGUUUUUCGCACGUUCUCGCCACUCCCCAUUCAGAGUAUGGUCCGCGGCCAAAUUCCGCACGACGCCGAUCGAUACGGGGACGCCUGAAGUAGCCUUCCUAGGGCGGUCGAAUACCGGCAAAAGCUCGUUGUUGAAUCACAUCAUGGAUGAUAAGGUAUGCUAUGCGUCGUCGAAACCGGGUCGGACAGUGACGAUGAACGCGUUUGGAGUUGGAGGCACCAAGGGCGGCGAAUCGAAGGUCAUACUGCUCGAUAUGCCGGGGUACGGAAAAGGCAGUAGAACACAAUGGGGACAAGAGAUCAUGAAGUAUUUGAAGAAGAGGAAGCAACUCCGACGUGCCUUCAUCAUGAUAGACGGAGAACACGGCCUCAAGUACUCCGACAAGGAGAUCCUCGAGAUGUUUCGGCACUACGCGAUCCCGCACCAGGUCAUUGUUUCUAAGGUUGAUAAGAUCCUGGCGAAGAGAAAGAGUCAGAUCCAGACCGGAAUAACAAACGAGAGUAUACUUGCGGUGCAUAAGUCGCUGGAAAAGCUGCGACCGAUUGUUCAGCCCAAGGGUCGAACGGAAGGACCCCCUGCUUUGGGUGAGUUAUUGACGAGUAGUUCGUCGGCUUACAGAAGCUCCAGGGAUUACUUGGGAGUCGCUGCCAUCCGCUGGGCCAUUCUAUCCGCUGCUGGAUACGACGGGACAAUGGAGGUGAAGGCCGAACAGCUUGUUUCCCCGGCCUCGACAACCGCUGAGGAAGAGCCUUGAGAGCAUCUAAUGCCUUGGAUUUCCAUCUGGUAGGAGAUUAUCAUUUCCCCGUGGGCUGACCGGCCAGGUCUAGGUGGGGUUGCGCGAAGAUGCUCUGUUUUCUUAUAGCGACCGUUGCAUUAUUUGCGGGAUCGGAUCACUGCGUGGAGAUCGAGAAUUUCUUGGACACUUUAGCGAAUGCUUUAUAUGCUGGCUUCAAAGAGAGUAUGAGCUAGACCUGGCAUAUUACCAAGAAAUGUGGUCGCUGCUGAUGUUUGCCCGUCUCGAUUUUUGUGCACGGCAACCAGCCCGUACCGUCGCCCACGGGCUCGUCGACCACUUCUCAGCCUUUCUUCUCAAGGUGUGAAGCCUGUGGCCAACCUCUUUAGUUAUCUAUGAGGCUGGUGCCGUGAGCUUCCAUACCGAAGGCUUCCGGUAAAGGUAGCAUAAAUCAUGGACGCUCAUGUACUCUUACGGCCUACAGAAGGCCGAGAUAGGUUGGAUAGUAUAUAUAUUUUAG